CAGUGGUUCGAAGAAGGAUGCGCGCACUUGGCUGGAAGGUUCACUGCCUUACCAGGUCCUCUGCUCUGCAGUUGAGGUGUCAGGUUUCAAUCCUCCCAGGGGCCCGGGACGUCGCAGCGUGCAAUGUGCGGCGGCCGCCUCCGCCUCCACGCCUCAACUAAGGCAGCUGGCAAAAGCUAGUCUCAGACGCGCGGCCGCGCACUCGGCGCCGCGGCGGAGGCUGCUUCUGAGCUGCACUGGCUGGGCGCGCUGGGAGGCGGCGAUCGCAGCUGGGCCGGGACUUCCUUCCUCCACCGCUGGACAACAAAACAAGCAGGCAGCAGGCACCAAGCUCUUGGCCGCUGGCUGGGCGGGAGGCGCAGCAAUGGGGUCGGUGCUGAGCAGCGACAACGGAAAAUCCGCGCCCGCCUCGGCCACCCCACGGGCCCUGGAGCGCAGGGGGGACCCCGCGCUGCCCGUCACGUCCUUCGACUGCUCCGUAUGCCUCGAAGUGUUGCACCAUCCCGUCCGGACCCGCUGUGGCCACGUAUUCUGCCGUUCCUGCAUUGCUACCAGUCUAAAGAACAAUAAGUGGACCUGUCCUUAUUGCCGGGCAUAUCUUCCUUCAGAAGGCGUUCCAGCAACUGAUGUAGCCAAGAGAAUGAAAUCCGAGUUCCAGAAUUGCACCGAGUGUGACACUCUGGUUUGCCUCAGCGAAAUGAGGGCACACAUACGAACAUGUCAAAAGUACAUUGAUAAGUAUGGACCACUUCAAGAACUUGGGGAGACAGCAACAAGGUGUAUAUGUCCGUUUUGUCAGAGGGAAUUGGAUGAAGACAGCUUGCUGGAUCAUUGCAUUACUCAUCAUAGAUCAGAAAGGAGACCUGUGUUCUGUCCACUUUGCCGUUUAAUACCUAAUGAGAAUCCAGGCAGCUUCACUGGCAGCUUAAUAAGACAUUUGCAAGUCAAUCACACUUUGUUUUAUGAUGAUUUCAUAGAUUUUAAUAUAAUUGAGGAAGCUCUUAUCCAGAGGGUCUUAGACCGGUCACUUCUGGAAUAUGUGAAUCACUCGAACACCACAUAAUUUUAUUAAAAGGAAAGGGAAGGAGGCUAUACAAUUGCACCGUUUUUUUAAGCUGCUGCUUGAAGAAUUGGAGGGAAACUCUUAAUGUUUAAUGGGCUGAAAAGUGUGCAACGUAAUUAUAUGUUUGUCAUGUUUAUUGUUAUAUUGCUUUUUUAAACUGCUUUCAUUUUGACAGUUUAGGUCUGUUUUACAUUUUUGAGUUUCUUAGACACUUAAUAGCAGAAAAUAGUCUCCAUCAGCCAUUAAUAUAUGAAAGAGACCAUAAAGCUGGUUGUGGGUGAAGCAUCUUUAUUUGCAAAUUAGAUGACAUUGUGUGUAAUGCAGCCAUGAUAACUGCCCUCAUAGUUGGGCAAGAUAACUAAUCUUUGUUCUAUAUAAAAAGAUGGAGAGUGAAAUAAAGUGUAGACAUUCAAGGAAAUAUGAAAUCUGUUUCAGGGCUCAUGAUCUAAUCGCUAAUAGAAUAACAUGAAUAACCUUGUAUCAUAGUAGGAAAGGAAGAUUUUGGAAGUCAACACAUCCAUUUAACCAAAUUGUAUAAUACUGUAGCAAAGUAAAUUUCAUGUUGGGAAUGUAUACUCACACUUAGCUCUUUGACUUUUUAUAACUAUACACACAUAAGAAUUUAAUAUUAUAUUUUUCAAAUAUUUGUAGCUUAUCAUUUAGAAAUAUUUCUUUACACAGGCAACUUCUUACCAACCAUCUGCUGAUAUUUAGAGUAGAAGUAUGCACAUCUAUAAUUUUUGGUGGGAAACCCUAAGGGCUUUGAUUUUUUUUUUUUAAUUUUCUUCUCUUAGAAAAAUUAUAAAAUUAACAAAUAUUAAAAACCAAACAAAAACGGUAUAGCUCAUUACAUUAUUAUAAGGAAACAUUCUUUUAGAACUCUGUCACCAACCUGGGAUGUCCUCUGUGUGUGUGUGUUCUGUCACAGUUAACCCUCUUCCUCAGCUCCACAAAAGUAACCACUACAUGGAUUUCAGUGGUACUCCCUUCCUUGUAUUUUCUUUCUUAUUUAAAAUCUUUCUUUCUUAUUAAAAUCUCUACACACUAGCUUGUAAUCUUAUCUAUUUAAAAUUGCUUUAUUAGAUAGAUCUUUUAUGUCUCUUUUUAAUCUAUAGAUUCCUCCUUCUUUCUUUUCCUUAAAUUUUACCUGGUCUUAGAAAUUCCCCACUGUCUGUAUUUUGUUAAUUGCAUACUCAUGGCACAAUUUAGCAUGUUAUUCUAUCCUCUGGAUAGUGACAUGGAUCCAGAGGUUUGAGCAGACUCAGGUUCAGCCUUCUGCACAGACUGUAGGUCAUGGUGUCUUCUUUCAUUAGAGGGCACAGAAUGUCCAAUUCUCUCUUUUUGUGACAUCAGCUGAAACUGAUACUCAAUGCCUAGAUCCAUUGAUUUGUUGUGGGUUGGAGAAUAUUCUAUCAUUUAUUUUUCAUUUAUUAGUUGGGACCUUUUUAUAAAGAGGUAUUUCCCUGCAUCUACCAUUUGGUUAACCAGUGGUCAUGUUCAUAUAGGAAGGGAAAAAUAAAUACUUGAAUUUUCCCCUUUAUUCACCAAUUUUCCAGACAAACUUGUUUUUUAUCGUCCUCUAUAGAUUUCCCCCUUUUCUAAAAGUAUCGUGAGCUCAUGGGGUCAAACAUAGGCUUUAUUCCAUUUUGAGUACUACGUUAUUAAAGAUCAAAUUGUCCUAUCUUUGAUCAUUGGGAGCCUUAUCAAGUUGGCUCUGAGUCCUUUUGGCACUACUCCAGCAGUCUUUAAUAGCUUCCAUGUAGUCUCAGAUGACAAGGUAUUCCAGGCUCAACUUGUAUGUUUCCUGCCCCAGUCCUGAAGUCAGCCAUUUUUCUAAGAAGCCUGAUUACUUUCAGUGAGAAAUAAUGCUUCAAAAGCAUAAUUGGGGCUGUUAAGUUCAUUGCAGUUAGAUUGGUCAUUGUUUCUAGAGGAGAGCUAGGAAAUAAUAUUUUUCUUUUUUUUUUAAGGUAAAACAAUUUAUGAGUUUAUUUUGAUACUUCCAACCCAAAUUGAGUACUACGGGGUAUUUGUCUAAUCUUUUCUACUAUAUCUGUGUCUUUUAUUUUUCUAUACUGAGAAUCCUGGUUUUCAAGGAGAUAGGAGUAUCCCACAAUUACUCGUUUCCUUCAUCUGCCUUACAAAUGCAGCAAUCUCAGAAUAAUAGUACUAAUACAACCGCCACCAAUACGAUAACUGGAACAAUUAAAAAUGCUUUUUAGGAGUUCCUGUUAUGGCUUAACGGGUUAAGAACCCAACAUAGUGUCUGUGACGAUGCUAGUUCUAUCCCUGGCUUCACUCAGUGGGUUAAGGAUCCAAUGUUGCUGUGAGCUGUGGUAUAGGUUGCAGACGUGGCUCAGGUCCACUGUUACUAUGGCUGUGGCGUAGGCCUGCAGCUGCAGGUCUGAUUUGUGCCCUAACCCAGGAACUUCCAUAUGCCUUAGGUGUGCCCACCCCCCCAAAAAAUGUUUUUCUUUGGUUCUUUCCAAUCUCUUUCUAUUUUUUUAAGCUGUACUAUAACAUUUUCAGAACAUGUUGGCAUGACAUAUAAUACUCUCUCCCUUCUUCUUUUUUUUAAAUGGCCAUAAGCAUGGCACAUGGAAGUUCCCGGACCAGGGAUCAAAUCAUCACAUCACAGCUGUGAUAUCACCAGAUCCUUAACCCACCUCGACACAGUAGGAACUUCAAUACUCUCUCCUUUCCCUUCACCAAUUUAGUCUUAGUUCUUCAAGUAAGUGUACAUUCAGUGCUUGCUAUCACUCUUUAAUUGAUGACUGUUUUUCAUAUCUGGCUCUUAAAGAAGAGUCCAAGACAUAGAAUAAUAUUUCCAUCUUGAAAGCAAGCAAAGAAGCUAUGAAGAGUAAUGAUUUCAAUUCCUGAAAACAAAAUGUCAUUUGGUUGUGGUUAGCUGCUUCCUCUUCUUCUUUUUAAAUUGGUGUAUAGUUGGUUUAUAAUGUUGUGUUAGUUUCAGGUGUACAGCAGUGAUUUGGUUAUACAUAUAUCUAUUCUUUUUCAGAUUCUUUUCCUGUAUAGGUCAUUACAAAUAUUGAGUAGAUGUCCCUGUGUUAUACAGUAGGUCCUUUUGACUUAUCUAUUUUAUAUAUAGUUAGCUUAAUUAUAAUUGUUUAUAAACUUCUUUUUCUCUUAUACAUAAAUGUAGUCAUAAUCAUGUACCCCCAAAUUUUCUAGAAUAAAUUAUCCAUUACUUAAAAGACUUGCUUACUAUUCUGUCAUCCAUUACAGGGUGGCUAGAAAAACCUAAAGCUGGAUGAAAUCCAGAAGGCCUUAUUUCCUCCCUUUUAGAUACUGUCUUCAAGCUUGCUUUUCACAGCUGCUAACAGGUAACAACAGAUGUUUAAUUUCACCUCUCUCCCUGCAAUUUGGCUGGAUUUUCUAAUAAGGAGAAACCUAUUGGACAACAAGGGCAAAAGGAGAGGAAACUUUUCAGAGGUAACCAUUAGAUUGGAAAUCUAGAACCUGAAAAAUAAAAUAAUGUAUUUCUGAGUAUUAGUACUCACUGUCCAGAAAAUAAAUUUUUUAAAAGCUAUACUUUGAAUAAAGCUUUAAGUGACCUGCCUCUAUUAACCUCAGUGCAGCAAUUCUGUAUUCUGUCAGUGGACUCCUCUCAUGAUAAUUUUGCCCCUUACAGGACAAAUUAGGUGCUGGCUGCCUGAAUUAUUUUGCCUUUUGAAUUUUGAGUUCUAAAAUAAUGAAGUGCAACUAUUGUUAAUUGUUUACUGUGCCUUUAACUUUUUAUUAAAAUGAAUUUAUGAUAUACUGUUCUGAAAAAAUGGAAAUAUGGAGUUCCCUGGUGAUUGAGCAGGUUAUGGAUCUGGCGUUGUCACUGCAGCAGCUCGGGUCACUGCUGUAGCGCAGAUUGGAUCCCUGGCCCCGGAAUUUCCAUAUGCUGCAGGUGUGGCAAAAAAAAAAAAAAAAAAGGAAGAAAGAAAGAAAGAAACCCAUAUCUGAAGCUGAUGACUAAUAACAAAAAAGUUUCGCUCCUUUUUUUUUUUUAGCUCCUCAAAAUACCACUUUUUCAAGAACUUAGGAGUGAAAAACUAAUUCACAUAUUACUCUUUGACAGCUAAGUUCUUCUAAUCCUUUAAAAUCCCUUUACACAGUUUUUCACCCAAGUUUCUAAAAUGUAGGUGGAAAAAUUGGAUUGCCAAUCUAUGGUAAAGACAGGUCCAGGUCAGAUCUCCUAAAAGAACCUGGCUCUAAUGAUGUUGCUUUAUUACAUUUACUGGGUGCUAAGUGUCUUUUGUUUUGAAGUGAGCUUACGCCAGUUAUUGAAUGUUUAACAUAUAAUUAGUCCUUCCAGCAUUGCAGUUUUCUUAAAAAGUCACUAAGAGGAAUUCUCAUCAUGGCUCAGUGGUCAAGGAAUCUGACUAGCAUCCACGAGGAUGCAGGUUCGAUCCCUGACCUUGCUCAGUGGGUUAAGGAUCCAGCGUUGCCGUGAGCUGUGGUGUAGGUCACAGACACAGCUCAGAUCCUGGGUUGCUGUGGCUGUGGCAUAAGCUGGCAGCUACAGCUCUGAUUUGACCCCUAGCCUGGGAACUGCCAUAUGCCAUGGGUGUAGCCCUAAAAAGCAAAAAAAAAGUCACUAAGAGAUUCAUCCUUUAAUUAUUCAACUACAAAAAAUAAUUCUGUAUAAUGAUCAGAAUUUAAAAUGUACAAUUCUUUUCUUCUGUAAAUAUGUAUUGUGAGAAAUAAAGAAUGGCAGGACCAUUGCUUUCAUUAAAAGAUCUACUGUGUGUGUUGUUAAGUAUGGAUCUUGAUAAUUUUUUACAUUAAAUAUGCUUUUUAUGCUUUUAAACCUGA